UGGCGGCAAAGGGGGCCUUAGGCUUUUAGCUUAACGCUGCCCGCCACGGCCAUUAUCAGACAGACCUGCCAGCCACCGCUCUGUCUUUCUCUACCUAUCUCUUUAAACGUGUUGUGCUGUUCGGUCUGCUGCCGCGGUCCGCUACUAUAGGCCUAUGAAAUGGUCAGCUGCUGUUGUGCCGACAACGGCUGUAGUAGCCGCUCCGCGAUUGGGGAAGGGUAUUAGAGGCAAGACAGGGCCGAGACCGUCAGGAACAAGCGCGAGCUAGCGGACAGGCAGGCGGGCGGGCGGGCAAGAAACCAAGCAGGAAACCACUAGGACGCCAUAUUGAAAGUUUAUUCUACAAUCAUUUGCUUUGUCGCCUCUUGUGUUCCGACAGUUGAAAUGUCGUUUACGCCGUUGCUCAUACGGCGAGCGGCGGGCCAACUCCAACCGCAGGCCCGGGUUCUCAGUGACGUGCUAGGGUAAAAAGAAGCUAUCGAGGCUCGACAAAAGCCGCCCUUACCACAGCAUUUCUCUUGCAAUAACGCUUUUAGGCUUUUCAGUAUACCCACGAAACUUAGCGGUGCUGGUCCUGGGGGUGGUGGUGCUAGUUGUGGCAACCUAAAUACCCCUCAACCUUUCCAAGAGGUAACGGUGUGUGGAUCUAUUCUCGAUAGAUUGUGAUGUGACAUGGACAAAGCGGAGUGCGUCGACCCUGACAUUGAUAUCAUUUCCUUUGAGCGUGACUUCGACUUCAAUUCCAUUGCCAAGAGAAAAAAACCACCAACCACACGAUUCAUUAAGCAUUAUCGAACGGAUCGGAUAGCAAACCCUCAAAAAAGAGAAAGAAAUUUGGCUAACCAAGAACCUGCUCGCUGAAAGACGGUGGACUGUCACAAAACGAAGCGGUGUCAAAAAAUCAAAUGAGUAAAUUGACACAUAAAAAAAAACAAAACCUAUUCCAAUUCAACGCCUGAGGAUCAUUGUUACUGCUACCAGAUCCAGUGAAUAGGCAACUCUAUCGCUUGUCGUUGACCAAAAGACCGACUAACGGAUACAGUGGCUCUGAGAGUGACUACUGGAAGUACUCCAACACCUUACAACCUUAUUACGUAUCAUACUAAAUAUCUCCUCCCUCGAUAACGUGUAGUCAGAGGUAGUAGGCUCAGUGCAUGAGCCUACGGCAAUUCAGGACGACCGGCUGUCGCCGCAAACCGUUUCGGCUCUGGGAACAAAGGCCACUUCCAUCUGGCCGUGUCCCAAGCGCAGCCGAAGCAGGUGUCACAGGUCAUAAUCAGCAGAGAAGAAGGACUCGCCAGACAAAUCCGAUCUGUGGCUCUACAAGGAACGGCGGCGGCGACGACGCAAAAAUUGUGCCGCUGUUCCGAGGUGGUAACGGUGAGAUUUGUCCCCACGCGACGUGCAGUAUUCGCCCGUGUCCGUUGAAGAGUCGUUGUGUCAGCAGAAAAGGUUGCGAUAUCAUCGCGUGGCCUACCGAGACGCUAGGCCACUCGAGACGACAAGAAGUCCACCCAGCAAAGGGAAAGCUCAAAAGUGUGCUGUCCACUUAUCAAAGUUGCUACUACUCUAGAACCAGCAAGAGUGUUAACUAUUUGGAGCUUGAUCAAGAGCAACGUGUCACUUGCCACCAUCGACUCGAGGCUUCAGCACUUCGACGAAUAUCAAUAGGGAUAUUACCGCAGCAAGCUGUGCCGCCGAUUCACGAUUCCCUCGUAGUUUUUCCGCUGCACCCGCAGUAACAGUAGCAUUAUUUCAGUUAUUCGAAGGCAUGUAAGCUCCCCUCAACAGACGAAUGCCGAAGUGCAGCCAGCAGGAGCAACGAUUCUAGUAACUCGUAAGUCAGGCAGUGAACCCCCGAGCCGUCAAGGGCCCGCAGAAACAACGGCGACAGUUGAACAAAAGUAAGAUGCGGCAGUGGUAGCUGUUGCUAUUGUCGUUGCGAUUGUUGUUGUAGUUGUCGUAGUGGUAGGAACACUCGGGGGUGCUGGUUCGUCACAAUCGUCGUUUCCGUUGUCGUAAAGACAGUGGUAAUACUCACAGGGCCUACCGUGGCAGGACCGCGUGCCGGCAACUCUGUCCAUCCCCACUGUGUUACACUCCAUCGUGCUACUCGUUUAUUUCUUGAUACCCAACGCCUUUGUGCCGUAGUUCGUAUCGUGUGCAGCUCGUGUAGACGGACGCCCCCAGCGUCAUUGUUGGCGGCGGCCUCGGUGGCGUCGCCGGCCGCGUCGACGCCAGCCCUGACGCUAACCUUAAGGGGUUCAGCGGACUGAGCGGCGUGGAUCUCGGCGCGAGCCCCAGCCCCGACACCACUAGCAGCCACAGCAGCGCAAAACCUCAGUGUCAGACAGGGUUACGCCGGCUGCCUAGGGUGUCGCGAGGCCCAGGGGCGCACGUGGCCUUGGAGGAGCCCGGGUGCUGUUUGUGUCUGCUUGCGACAACCACGACUGCUCCGACAGGCGUUGCGGUCCGUUGUGGGCUGGGGCGGCCACACAAUCGGCUCUUGCCUCUUCAGGGAGGGCCAGGUAAAGCCAAAACAACAACAACAACGACGACAACAGCAGCGGCAACAGCACGAACACCAACAACAGCAGCAGCGUCAGUGUCCGGUGCGCGUUCACGCUAUUUACCACUCCACCAAUCUGGCCGGCCCAAAGUGGGCGCAACGUUGUGCGCACGACCCUUCCACUGGAUAGCCGACGUGCAACUUAUACGUGCACGUCGUACACUCAGAGGCAACGUGCAGGCCCCCGGGUUCCUCCGACAGUGCGCGCCCGCCUCAGCGCCUACGAGCCGCCGCGAACCGUCGGUUGCUGGCUCGUCUGAAUGGCUGCAGAAGCUUUACGUGAACAACCUCUUCCCCUCGAUGAAAUUCCUCAGGCGGGAACCUUUCGGAACAAACCGCAGUUUCAGUAUUCGCACCUACAGAAGCGACGAGAUCGUUCACGAAGGCUUGAUGACCAUAUGUCGGACAGCUCGAACAGCGUCGUCAGACAGGGCUCUGCAGACUCCAACUACAGUCAGCCGUCCUCAGAUCUAAGUCUCGAUGAAGAACGGGAGGCACUGAGACGGGAGACUGAAAGGCAGGCGUUACAGCAACUUGAGAAAGCUAAAAGUAAGGCGGUCGCAUUUGCGGUGCGGACAAAUGUUGCCUACGAUGGCAGCCUCGACGAUGACUCCCCAGUGCAUGGAUGUGCAAUCUCAUUCGGAGUCAAAGACUUUCUUCACAUAAAGGAGAAAUACAAUAACGACUGGUGGAUCGGACGCCUAGUCAAGGAAGGAUGUGAUAUAGGUUUUAUUCCUAGUCCAGUUAAAUUAGAAAACCUUCGACUGCAACAGUCCCAAACAAGAAACACCAAACUUUACUCUAGAGGUUCGACCCCUCCGACGCCCGACCAGAAUGGCCUGGACAACCAGAUGGGCGGCGAUGAUAGCGAUAGUACACGCGGCGGCGGCGGCGGCGGAAAGGGCGGGCCAGGGGCGUCUUUGACAACACCCCCGCCAAAUAAGGAGAAGCGGAAACCGUUCUUUAAGAAAGCCGAGAACAUUCCCCCGUACGACGUUGUUCCAUCGAUGCGGCCCGUCGUGUUGGUCGGUCCCUCUCUCAAGGGCUACGAGGUUACCGACAUGAUGCAGAAAGCGCUAUUUGACUUCCUUAAGCAUCGCUUCGAAGGAAAAAUCAUUAUUACUCGCGUAACAGCGGACAUCUCGUUGGCGAAGCGGUCAUUACUGAAUAAUCCUAGCAAACGAGCCAUUAUGGAGAGGUCCAAUUCAAGAUCCUCAUGUCUAGCUGAAGUUCAAAGCGAGAUUGAACGUAUAUUUGAAUUAGCCAGAACCCUGCAGCUUGUGGUGUUGGAUUGUGAUACGAUAAAUCACCCGUCACAACUAGCGAAGACCUCGCUUGCGCCAAUCAUGGUCUACGUGAAGAUCUCUUCGCCGAAAGUGCUUCAACGAUUAAUCAAGUCUCGAGGAAAGUCACAAAGUCGCAAUCUAAACGUACAGAUGGUCGCUGCUGAAAAGUUAGCACAGUGUAGUCCGGAGCUUUUCGAUGUGAUAUUAGAUGAGAACCAAUUGGAAGAGGCGUGCGAACACCUGGCCGAAUUUCUCGAGGCGUACUGGCGUGCCACGCAUCCGCCUAUCAUCGUGCAGAGUCUGGCACAGCCUCAGCCGAGCGGCAGCUCGCAUCAUGCCACGCACGCGACGAAUCGGCACGGGAGCAACGUGCCCCACGUGCAGUCCCCACUCGACCACUCUCAGAUGAGCUCCGGGGCACAUAUGGUAAGGCCUAUUACAGGCCAUCCUGGACACCCCGUACAUGAAAACAACAGUUAUCAUCACAGCCAUCCUCAUCAACAACAACAACAACACCAACAACAGCAUCCGCAUCAGUAUCAAUCUGAGCAUCAUUCUACCUCCGAUAUCCAUAAUCGUGGCCAGCGAGACUAUCGAGGCCACAGCCAAAACUUCACCCCACCCCCCAAUUCGAGACACUACCAACCCUUUUCAUCCCACCACCCGAGACUUCAUCCUGACCACCGUAGCAACCAUCUCCAUGACCAACUCCAAUCACCCGACCACUUCCACAAUAGAACUUCAGACCAGAACUUCUACCACGACUCCUCAACUCUGCCCAUCCGCCCUCGUGUCGAGAUUUCAUCGCCGGGCAGUGACGAGUAUAAUCAGUACUAUCAACAGCAGACGCAUCAUCAUCAGCAUCAUCAAGCAGGCGUACCAUCGGGAAGGAGUCAACACGAACAACGGGGUCCACCCCCACCGAUCCCGUCACCAUACCACCAUGGUUACGAUAGCCCUCCGGCCAGUCCUCCCGAUCACGAUGGAGGACAUCACAGCGGACACCACAGGACUCAUGGCAGCCACGGCCCGCACCAAAGAGACUCGCGAGGAUAUCCGCCAGCGCCCAGUCGGGGCUACGCCAUGGAGCAGGACGAUUGGUGUGACCCCUAUAUCGAUGACUAUCAAGGAGACAACCGCCGACAAAAUAAUUACCCCGUUAAUGUGCAAUAGCAAAGGCAAAACCAACUAGAAUGAAAUUGUGCAGAAUUGUUUGACCCAUCUACUAAGGGGUACAUUUCGAGGAUGAAAACGAGAACGUUGAUUAUUUAAUAGAACAAUAAUUGAAAUGAAAUCUAAGGAACUGAAGGAGAGACCUGAAGGGGUACCUCGAGUAGGCAUAUAUAUAUAUAUAUAUAUAUAUAUAUAUAUAUAGAUAGCAUAUUUGUAUGUUGAUAUAUACGUAUAUUUUUGGUACAUGCGCCAAGCACCGACGGCGGUUCGAAUCUUCGGCGUUGUUUGUUGUGCUUGGGUCCAGGGGACUGCCGGGUAGCUGCAUGGACCUCAGUGGGAGAAGAACAACAUGAUAAUUAUAAAAAUAGUGAUUGUAAUAGAAACAAUAAAACUUUCGACGGUCUGCCUGACUCCAAUCCUGCGUGGUGGCAUUUCAACAUGCUGACAUUUAGCUUUUACAUCGAGAACAGCCGUUUGGAAAGCAGCGGCACAACCAAACCAAAACAACUGCGGAAAACGGUGGUGCGUGCGCCAGAAUCGAUGAUGGUGUCUACUUCGAAACGGAAAAAGCAUCUGCCUCAGAGGCAUCGAGGGAAAGACGACGAGAAAAAGAUCAAAAUGUCGAAAAAGGAGUCGCUAAACAUUUUCGAAUGCUUCAAUGAAAUGAAAUCUAGCCCUAACGGCCAGCUUUUGGUGGUAGAUGCCGUCUGCCUGGUCAUUCUCAGCCUAGCCUCGGUCAGUGGCAUAAGAAACUGAUACCAACGUGAUCCAGGAUGGUCGCAUGGGGAACUCGCUUAUAAAUCUAACUUCUAUCUUAAUGAAAAUGCUAAUCUGAUGAUUGCUAGCUUGCCUAAUUAGCAAUGACCGCAACAACAUAGCAACAAAUCGUUGUUGUUCAACUAGACUCUCCUUUUUUCUCUGCUUCUAUACUGGGGUCCUCGUAAGCUUCUUCCUUGAUCGAUCGGUAUUGAUCGUCUAAGCGUCCAAAGAUGUGGCGGAUUUCUGUUUUCAUAGUGGCAGCAUCAGCAGGAUUAGCAGCAACAGCAGCAAAAGCUGAAUCGGCUCGAAUCUUUCGCUAUCUGGUCGGCUUCAGAUUUAUCAGAGGGGGUAAUACUCAUCAUUUUUAGCAGUUGCACAGUUUGGUACUCGCUAGACACACAUACAUACAGAUAUUUACGUGUACGCGCCGCAAGCGGCAGCUCAUUCGUGUAAUAACACUGACGAUGUUAUUAUUAUAAAUUUCUUGACCUAGAAUGCGCUUUAGCGAUCACAGUACAUUAUAAAUACAUUUUAAAUAGCGGUUUAUGUCUGCCAUGUUAUAGCUGGCAAACAAACACUGUUGUCGCAACAUAUUUAUAUCUUUGCGAUCUUUUAGUAACGACUAACAACAAUUAUAUCCUAUGAAAGCUAGUGAAAAUGCGAAAAAUUGUAUGGCGAAGUUAUCAACAAACCGAUGACAACUACCUUUAUACUGAGCGCUCCUAUGGUCGUCAGAAGACCCGGAAAGCUUACGUUAGUGGUGGCUCGCCAUAUAAGCAUUUCGCCUGUAACAUAUAUGCAUGUAUAUAUAUCUACGUAGUUAAACAUUUUGACGAGCGUUUCGAUCAAGGAAGAAAACAACAUAUAUAACGAUAACUAACACCUUCUUCACGUAUCACGUUUUAAUCGGUCAUCACCGUCAUGUCAGAGUAAUAAUAAAAAAAAAAUCGAUAGUAAUACAAAUCAAUAACAACUACGAAAGUACACCCACUUGUCAUAGUGAGAGACAUGAUAAAUUCCUUAUUUACCAAUUGCUGGCAGAUUGAGCGCCUACCUAAUAAUAUUUAGCUACAAAUAUUGUUUGAAAUACUGUGAAAUCAUACCUAUGGUUAUCGUUGUUCGUACGGGCACCGUUAUCGUUUCGUACAGUAUACGCUGUCCUAAUUUCUUAUAACGGUAAUGUCAAGCCUGAUCCCCACUCGAAAGCUUGCAGCAUCCCUGUACAAUACACGAUGUCUGAACAAAGUAAAGGAUUGAUAUCUUUCUCUAGUUAUCGUUCAGCCAUAGACAAGAUUGUGCAGAAAAAUGUAUUUGGAACGUUUUCCGGGUAAAACAAACUAGUAGUGGACAAGGUUGAAACACGCUGCUCUGACCCCUUCCAGCAUAACUAUAAGCAUCCAAGCGACACCGUGUUUUGCCAUGCUAACUUGACGCUGACGACCGUCCUAUCUCAUGGUUUUGCUUGCCCUAACCAUUUUAUAGAUCGCCUAAUAUAUUUUCGUGGUCGCAGAGCGAACUACGUUGACACACGCUCAUUAAACCGCUCACGUGGGGUUCUUAUUGCUGAAUGGAUGUAACGGGAUACACGCUUUCGACCGCUACAAUGUGUAUUCCGACUACAUGUAAAAAAACUGUGCUAACUUAUGAUGUAAUCCGCCGCACCACCGCCACAUUUUUCCCUGAAGACCAUCCUGGAUGCUGGACCAUCCUGGAAACGUGCCGUUACUCACCUGUUCGUAUCAAGUUCGCGAUUGAUAACUAGGAAUUAUGUCACAUAACGAAUCACAAUUAAUCAAUCUGAUAAUAAAAUAUAUACGGAUCUGUAGAUACAGCAGCAGCAACACGCAACUAUACAAUUCACAACGAAACCACGAUCAUCCAUAAAAUCGUUAUUAAAUACGGAAAAAACAUAUUUCGUAGGAAGCUUGUUUUUCUCUCGAUAUGGACACGUUAUAUAUAUAUAUAUAUAUAUAUAUAUUUAACGUCGCGUGAUAAGUGGCUAUGGUUUUACUAUAACUAUUAUUAUUAUUAUUAUGAUAAAAGUGAUUUAUACAACGACCAGCUUACAAUAAUGAUGACACA